AAUCUCCCCACGCCACUACCUUCAGAGCAAUAUUCAUUGAGAUCCAUGACCCGUGAAGUCAGUCAUGACCCUCAAUCCGAUCGCUAAAGCUGAGAGGAUAUUCUCUAUUCGUCCAGCACCUAUAGUCGCCUUCUUUAUUUUAGUCUUCAUAGUCAUCUUUCACGUCUUGAGUUCGCCAGGCCCACCGAAAACCCUGCCUCUCGUAAACGGGACUAGGCUCUAUAAAUUAACCGACAUCCUCGCCCGAAAGCGAUUCUUUUAUAAUGGAAGAGAGCUUAUAAAGACAGGCCUGGCCAAGGCCAACGUCUUCGGAAUCGUCACAGAAAAUGGAUACUACGUUGUCCUGCACCCCAAGUUCGCCGAAGAGAUACGCGAUAAUCCGACUCUGAACCCUCGAAAAGUGUUCGAGGACUUGAUGCACAAGGGCAUACCUGGUUUCGAAGCGUCCGCAGAAUUCACCAGGGAAGAUGGCUUGUUCCAGCAUGCUGUACGCACAAAGCUAUUGAAGAUGUUAUGGCACGUAAGCACAGCCUUGUCCGACGAAACAACGAUUGCGUUGCAGGCGGAAUGGACAGAUGACCCCGAAUGGCACAAUAUCUCCCCAAGAGACGACAUCCCCACGGUCGCCGCGCAAGUUAGCUCCCGAGUUUUCCUCGGAGACCCAAUAUGUCGAGACCCCGACUGGGUACGGAUCGCAGUGAACUACGCCAGAGACGUGGCCCAAGCAGCAACAGAGCUGCGCUUAGCCCCCGCGGGGUUGCGGAAGCUGGUAGCAAAAUUCUUGCCUUCUUGUCGGCGCCUGCGCGCGCAUUUGCGCGACGCUAAAAAGAUCGUGCAGUCGAUCGUGGAUGAUCGACAGAUGGCGAAGCAGAAAGCUUUCAGAGAGGGUAAGAAGCCGAAGCAAUAUGUUGACGCGAUUGAAUGUUUCGAGGAGAUGGCGCACGGAGAGAAUUAUAAUCCGGUGCACACGCAACUGACGCUUACUUUCGUUGCGAUCCAUACAACGUCUGAUAUGCUGACGCAGGCGCUGUACGACCUGGUGGAUCGUGAAGAAUUGAUAUGCGCUCUAAGAGAGGAAAUCAAGACUAUUCUUCCGCAGGGAUGGACAAAGGCGACGGUGAACCAGCUGAAGUUAAUGGAUAGCGUUUUGAAGGAAAGUCAGCGGCUGAAGCCUGUUGCUUUUGUAUCAAUGCGCCGCGUCACCAAAAAACCGCUUCUUCUAUCCGACGGCACCGUGAUCCCCGAAGGAACCAGACUGAUAGUAGCUUCCGAAAGACAAUGGGACGAGGCCUAUCAUCCUAACCCCGAGAUUUUCGACCCUUAUCGGUUUAUAAAACUCCGCGAAACUCCAGGGUAUAAGACAUCUGCUCAACUGGCAGGAACCUCCCCCGAUAAUCUAUCCUGGGGUUACGGCAAGCACUCCUGUCCCGGGCGCUUCUUUGCCGCGAAUGAAGUCAAAGUCCUGUUAUGUCAUAUUCUGAUGAAAUAUGACAUCAAAGUCGUAGGGGAGAAGCCACGGGUGCGGGCCUUUGGAUCUACGUUGGUUGCAGAUCCGUAUGCGACGCUUGCUGUCCGGCGACGACCGGAGAAGGAGGAUAUCUAAUGAAGGAACUAGGGCAACAGCUUGUAAUUAUAAUUCUAUAGUUCAUUAGUGUUGUUUGUGGCAAAG